AUGAAAAUUUUCUUAACUUUAAAGAAGGUUGCCCAUGUUUCGAAUGAGGAUAUCCCUGUUGCUCCUUCUGGAUCAUUUGAACAAACUAAUGGUAAGAACUUUGCAAAUUCAGAUGGAAUUAUUAAAACUGAUGAAUCUGUGAGUAAUUUACAGGUCAGGAAAGAAAUCGGCUUAUGGCAUGAGAGUGUCUAUCUCUGCAAAAAUCACAUUUUGAACAGUCUUGCUGACGAUUUGUACGAUUACUAUAAUAAUUGUAAGACUGCUAAACAAGUAUGGGAAGCUCUGCAGAAGAAAUAUGAUACUGAAGAAGCAGGUGCAAAGAAAUAUGCUGUCAGCCGCUACUUGAACUAUAAGAUGGUGGAUGAAAGGUAUGUGAAAGUUCAAAGCCACGAAAUUCAAAAAAUUGCUCAUGAAAUCAUAACUAAAGCUAUGCCCCUCGAUGAACAAUUUCAGAUUGCUGUUAUAAUUGACAAACUGCCUCAUGAGGAAGCUAUGAGACAAGAUCAUAAAGAUGAAAUCUUAGUUAUUUCUAACAACAACAAGAGAUUCAGUGCAGUUUUGAAGCCUACGGGAAAACCAUUAAAGAAUCGGGAUCGCAAUGCUGUGAACCAAAUUAAGAAUGGGAAUCCUUCAAGGACCUCAUAUGCUCCGAUUGCUAGACAGCAACCACCACUUCAGAGAAAUAAUGCUUUGAUCUUCACUUGCUUUAAUAAUGGAAAACUGGGUCAUAUGGCUAACAAAUGUAAGAGCAGGCCUAAACCUGUUGGCUAUAAUGCACAGGUUAACCUGAUUGAUGAGCAACUAAUUACUAUGAUCACCGAAAUCAACAUGGUUGGUGGAUAG